AUGCGCCUCCCAUCCACCGCCGCCCGCCGGGGCUUCCACACCACACGUCCCCAGUUCGCCUCGCCAUACCACUAUCCCGAAGGGCCACGAAACAACAUCCCAUUCAACCCACUGACGAAGUUCUUUGCGGUUCGGUAUUGGGGCUUCAUGGCGGUCGGCUUCAGCGCGCCAUUCCUCAUCGCUGUCUGGCAAACGAAGAAGAACAAAUAG